GACGCCGUUUAUUGUAUUCCACACCAAAAUCAACUCAAUAUCUCUGUUCUUCUCUUCCAUGGCUUCGAUGAGAGAGAUCAAGAAGAUCUUCGACAAGUUCGACAAGAACGGCGACGGCAAGAUCUCUUCCUCGGAACUCGGAGGAGUGCUGCGGGCAUUGGGGUCGGAGACGUCGGCGGAGGAGGUUGGAGUGGUAAUGCAGGAGAUAGACAAGGACGGUGACGGUUACAUCGAUAUUGGGGAGUUCGUGGAGUUUUACAACUGCAGCGGCGGAGGAGGAGGAGGAGAUGAGGAAUCUCGCGACAAGGAAUUGAAGGAAGCGUUCGAGUUGUACGAUCUGGACAAGAACGGAUUGAUAUCGGCGAAGGAGUUGCACGCGGUGAUGAAUAGGCUGGGGAUGAAGUGUACGGUGAGUGAUUGUGGUAGAAUGAUUAGUCAAGUUGAUAAAGAUGGUGAUGGUAGUGUUAAUUUCCAGGAAUUCAAGAAGAUGAUGACCAAGUAAGUAAUUAAGUGAUUAUUGGAUAGCAAGUGAGUCAUUAGUCGAAUGACAAUCACAUUGUAUGUAAGGGAUCAUCCAUCUAUUAGGUCUUAGGUCGUGGGUUCAAAUCCUAUUUUCUUCCCAAACUCUUGUUUCAAAAAAAAAAAAGUGAUUAUAGAAUAAGGAUUAGAUUAGUGCAUUCGCGGAAAUCACUUGUGUUUGUAAUUAAUCAAAAACUUUCAAUUUGUUUGUCAAAUUCUAGAUCGGUGAACAGAUUGCACGUUUGCGAUUAAAACUGCAGGAGUAAUUUCUACCCUUGACCUAAUAGUUUUAUGCAAUGUGUAAAUACUUGUUAAUUUAGUGUUAAUAAAAUUGGCCCACUAGUUUAUGGCAUCA